GGCCCUUGGAGUCCAAAACCAACAUAACCAAGGAAGAAGAAGAAGAAAGAAACAGAAGAGUACUACACAUAUAUACAUAUCUAUAUAUACAUUGCACAGAGAGAGCCAAAUUAAGAGAGUGCGUGUGUGUGUGUGUGUGUGUGUGUGUGUGUGUGUGUGUGUGUGUGUGUGUGUGUGUGUGUGUGUUAUCAUCAAUCAAAGAGAUAAACAAAGCGCGCGCGCGCACACACACAUAUAUAUAUAGAUACAUAUAUGGGCUCAAGCACGAAUAUGGUAGGGGGAGAGGAGAAGGUGGUGGAAACAGUGAUGGUGGGGAGGUACGUGGAGAUGGAGCAGGAGGGCGAGGGCAAAACCGUCAAAUCACGCCUCUCCGGCCUCCUCUGGCACGGCGGCUCCGCCUACGACGCCUGGUUCAGCUGCGCCUCCAACCAGGUGGCGCAAGUGCUUUUGACUUUGCCCUACUCAUUCUCGCAGCUGGGGAUGAUGAGUGGGAUCCUCUUCCAACUGUUCUAUGGCUUGUUGGGGAGUUGGACUGCUUAUCUCAUCAGCAUUCUCUAUCUCGAGUACAGGACUAGGAAGGAGAGGGACAAGGUGGAUUUUAGGAACCAUGUUAUCCAGUGGUUUGAGGUGUUGGAUGGGCUUCUUGGGAAGCACUGGAGGAAUGUGGGGCUGGCAUUCAACUGCACUUUCCUUCUCUUUGGCUCUGUCAUUCAGCUCAUAGCUUGUGCCAGCAAUAUAUACUACGUGAAUGAUAAGUUUGAUAAGAGGACAUGGACAUACAUAUUUGGUGCAUGUUGCGCCACCACUGUGUUCAUCCCCUCCUUCCACAACUACAGGAUCUGGUCAUUCCUUGGCCUUGUCAUGACCACCUACACUGCUUGGUACCUCACCAUUGCCUCUCUCCUCCAUGGACAAGUGGAAGGGGUGAAGCACUCGGGGCCGACGAAAAUGGUGCUGUAUUUUACGGGAGCCACCAACAUUCUCUACACAUUCGGUGGCCACGCUGUUACUGUUGAGAUCAUGCACGCAAUGUGGCGUCCCCAGAAGUUCAAGGCGAUUUACCUGCUGGCGACGCUGUACGUGCUGACGCUGACCCUGCCGUCGGCGGCGAGCGUGUACUGGGCGUUCGGCGAUGCGCUGCUGACGCACUCGAACGCGCUGGCGCUGCUGCCGCGCACGCCGUUCCGGGACGCGGCAGUGGUGCUGAUGCUGGUGCACCAGUUCAUCACCUUCGGCUUCGCCUGCACGCCCCUCUACUUCGUCUGGGAGAAGCUCAUCGGCCUCCACGACUGCCGCAGCCUCUGCAAGCGCGCCGCCGCCCGCCUCCCCGUCGUCGUGCCCGUCUGGUUCCUCGCCAUCAUAUUCCCCUUCUUCGGGCCCAUCAACUCCGCCGUCGGCUCCCUGCUCGUCAGCUUCACCGUCUACAUCAUUCCCGCCCUCGCACACAUGGUCACCUUCCGCUCAGCCCACGCGCGCGAGAACGCGGUGGAGGUGCCGCCGAAGUUCGUCGGAAGGUGGAUCGGCACGUACACGAUCAACGCAUUUGUGGUGGGGUGGGUUCUCGUGGUCGGGUUCGGGUUCGGUGGAUGGGCCAGCAUCACCAAUUUCGUCCGCCAAAUCGAUACGUUCGGUCUAUUCACUAAAUGUUACCAAUGUCCGCCGCCACUGUUACCGCCAUCGCCAUCAGCACUGCCAUUUCCGUCGAAUUCUCCUACUUCCUCAAUGCCAUUCUCAAGCAACGCUCACAACUCGACGGCGCAAGCACUUACAAACAUAUCCCCGGCUCCUUCGCCGUCUCCUUCGCACUUUGCUCACCGCCAUCACCACCGCCACGGCCCGUAAACUCAUUUAUCAUUAAAUGAAUCAAGAUUAUAACUAGGAAAGAGAGAGAGAAAGUGGUAGGAAUUUAGGAGAGAUGGAGAUUAUAAACGGGUUAGUGCAUGGGUAAUGUUCUCUUUAAUUUAGCUCUGGUAUGUGUUGGAACUUAUUUUGUCAGUAGAGAUCUUCAAGUGAAUCAUGUAAGAGGCUAUAUUUCUGUAGUACGUACGGAAAGGGAGCUGCUUAUGAUGUCAGUGUCUAGCUAGUUUGGAACAAAUGCUGCUCAUAUCCUAUAUUUGUUUUUUCCCUUUUUCUUUUUUCUUUUCCUGUUCAACUUUUAUUUUGUUUGUUUUCUCUUCUACUUGGAAAUGUGUAAGUUGCACUAUCUUUACUUUA